CACUAAAACAUCAUUCAAAGUCGCUUAGAAAAUCCAAUGGCUUCUUUCACUGCAUUACUCUCUUCCACUACACUUUUCCUAUUGCUUUUAGUCCCCAAGCUAAGUGCAGAUCCAGACCAAUUGCAGGAUUUCUGCAUAGCAGAUACUUCAUCUCCCACAACUCUUAUGAAUGGGCUCCCUUGUAUCAAUCCCAACAAAGCUUCUGCAAACCACUUUACUAGCUCAGCCCUAAGCAUGGUGGCCAAUACAUCGGGAAACCCAUUGGGAAUAAGUGUGAUUCUUUUGACUCCACAGAUUCUUCCGGGCAUAAACACACUGGGAAUCUCAAUGGCUCGUAUAGAUAUGGCGGCUGGUGGGGUGGCGCCUCCUCAUACACACCCUAGAGCCACUGAAAUAGUUUUCAUACUGCGAGGAAAAUUGAUUGCGGGCUUCGUUGAUAGUACCAACAAAUUGUUUUCUCAUGUGGUUAAGACUGGCGAUGUAUUUGUGUUCCCCAAGGGGACUCUGCAUUUUCUACAAAACAUUGGAGGCAAUACAGCUUCUAUUAUAGCUGCUUUUAACAGUCAAAAUCCAGGUUCAUUUCUUAUCCCCUUUGCAGCUUUUGCUUCUAAUCCGGCUAUUCCUGGUCCAGUACUGGCCAAGGGGUUUCAGAUUAGUUUGGAGGAGGUGGGAAAGAUUAGAAUGGGCCUUGGUGGCCAUUGAUGCAGUUAGAUGAUGUUUUUAGGCAAUGGCUAGUGAUAUAUGUCUUGUUGUCACUAUGUUUAGUUUAAGAGUGCAGAAAUAAGUGAAUGGUUUGAUGGGUUUGCUAUAAGGAAAUUUGUUGCUACAUUUUCCUAGUGAAAUUGUCACUCGUUGCAGUUGAA